CGCGGCCCCGAAGUGUCGCCAUGUCCCCGCUGUGCCCACUGCUGCUGGCCCUGGCCCUGGCGGCUGUCCCCGGCGUCCGGGCCGCCUGCCCGGUGCCCACCGACCUCAAGAGGCCGGACGGGACGCGCACGUGCGCCAAGCUCUACGACAAGAGCGACGCCUACUACGAAAACUGCUGCGGGGGCGCCGAGCUGUCCAUUGAGCCCGGCACCGACCUGCCCUUCCUGCCCUCCGACUGGAACAACGUCGCCUCCUCGCUCGUGGUGGCCCCGCGCUGCGAGAUCACCGUGUGGUCCCUGCGUGGCAAGGCCGGCAAGACGCGCAAGUUCUCGGCUGGCGCCUACCCGCGCCUGGAAGAGUUCCGCAAGGGCAUCUUCGGGGACUGGUCCAACACCAUCGCGUCGCUCUACUGCAGGUGUUACUGAUUCCUUAGAGGGACUUCAUCUCCAGCCCCCACAGAAUGCCGAGGCCCUCAGCUGGGCUGUGCUGAAGGCCCCAGUCCCAGGAGGAGAGAACUUUCUGCCUGCCCCAACCCUGUCUUCCCUACAAUAUAGAGAGCCUGUGUGAAGUUA